GGGAGCCGUUUAGGGCGACUUCCUCGAUCGUCAGUCGGGAGCUGCUCGCAGUGCGUAUCGCCGUCAUGUCUGGUCGUGGUAAACAAGGAGGCAAGGCCCGCGCUAAGGCCAAGUCCCGCUCGUCCCGCGCUGGCCUCCAGUUUCCUGUGGGGCGUGUGCAUCGUCUGCUGCGCAAAGGCAACUACGCCGAGCGGGUGGGGGCCGGCGCGCCCGUCUACAUGGCGGCGGUGCUGGAGUACCUGACCGCGGAGAUCCUGGAGCUGGCGGGGAACGCCGCCCGAGACAACAAGAAGACGCGCAUCAUCCCUCGCCACCUCCAGCUGGCCAUCCGCAACGACGAGGAGCUUAACAAGCUGCUGGGCAAAGUCACCAUCGCCCAGGGCGGCGUUUUGCCGAACAUCCAGGCCGUGCUGCUCCCUAAAAAGACGGAGAGCCACCACAAGGCAAAGGGCAAGUGAGGAGCCGUGCGUCUCGCGCCCACCCAGCCCCCGUUUGAAAGGGGCACCUGUGAAAUCAAAGGCUCUUUUCAGAGCCACCCACUCUUUCAAGUAAAAGAGCUGUUACUAUGCUAA